AUGCCAGGCAACAAGGUCACCAAGAUGCCAUCUGGAACCACACUCUUCCAGCAAAUGAAGCCACUAGCGAUCACAGCCGCAGUCAUCUUCCUGGCCCUCCCAAUCAUCUACGUAGGCAUCGAAUACACCACCUCCCUCGCCUUCAUUGAGAGCUACUCCUACAUCAAAAACCACACCUCCGACCUCGGCAUCCCCUACGCCUACACAGACCCUCUCACCAACCUCCAAACCUACUCCUACAAAGCGCAACUAAUGCGUCUCAACUUCGUCGUCAACGGCUUCCUCUACUACAUCGGACACACAGUCCUCCUGCAGGCCACCACACCACUCACCGGAGGCAGGUACAACCUCCCUCGAGCGGCGGUGUCGGUCAUUUACUGUUUGGGAAUCGUAUUAGUAGCGGCUGUACCUGGAGGGCCCGGGGAGAAGCAGGAUGGGAAAGCGGUCUGGCAUGUAGUCGGGGCGGCGAUGGCUAUUGUGGGUGCGAAUGUCAAUAUCAUUUUGGCAGGCUUGGCUGCGCCUUCCACGACUCAACCGGUCUAUAGGGGAUUGUGCUUACUGCUGGGCACGGUGGGGAGUGUUGGGCUUGCGAUCUUUGUUGCGAGGCAUGGCGGUGGUAUGCAAGGAUUCUGGCAGAGGUCUUCGAUUUAUCCGAAUCACGUGUGGAAGUUCCUUACUGGCAUCCAUUUGGUCUACUUGUUGAUGCAAUCGAAAACGGCAGACGCGAUCAAGCGCGAGUGA